GACGAAUCUAAGGCGCUCUGUUCAGAGGCGCGAAUCGUUUCGAGCUUUACCAGCGCACUUCUUCACCAGCCACUGGAGACUCGGAGACCAGAUGGGCAGGUCAUGUUAGACGCCGACAUUUCCGUCAAGCGGUCAUAGGAGCUCGGGAAAUGGACGACGCCUUGGAAGGACUGAUCCGUCCUGACCAACAUACGCACUUCAUGGUUGAGAUUAAGCAGCUGGAAGCCGGUUCAGGUUUGUCAUCUUCCACGCGAUUGCUCUCACUAAAUCCAUUCCUAGAUAAGAACCACAUCCAGCGCGUCGGAGGGCGGAUCGAAAACGCAGAGUUGGGUCAUGACCAGCGAUUUCCAUUGAUUCUUCCGAAGUCUACCCCGCUCGUCAAGCUUUUAAAAGAACAAGCCCACGAGACUAAGCUCCGUGGAGGGGCGCAGCUAAUGCUACAUACCCUUCGCCGCAAGUUUUGGAUUCUGCAUGCGAGGCAAGCCGUCAAGAGUUUUGUUCAUAAAUGCGUAGUGUGUCGUCGCCAUCGAGGACUGAUGUUCAAGCAGCAAAUGGCUCCAUUACCCGGGGAGAGAGUCAAGCCUGCACGACCAUUUGUUUCGUCGGGAGUCGACUACUGUGGCCCGUUUACGCUGCGAAUCGGAACUAAGCGCUCUCGCACUCUCGUAAAGACGUAUCUCGCAAUCUUCAUCUGCAUGGUUACUAAAGCCGUUCAUAUAAAAGUGGUGGACGACUUAUCGGCGCAAGCUUUCCUCGACGCCUUCACUCGCUUCGUCAGCCGUCGUGGCCCUUGCCGUGACCUAUAUAGCGAUAAUGGCACCGCGUUCGUUGGUGCUAACCGUCUUCUCCAGGAGGACUUCGUGGCGUGGCACAGCGAAAGCAAUCACCGGGCAUUGGCCAGCAUGGGCACUAAUUGGCACUUCAUCACACCCGGUGCUCCGCACCAAGGUGGCCUCUGGGAGGCGGCGGUCAAGAGUGCCAAACAUCAUUUGGUCCGCUGCGUGGGAGCGCAAAGUAUGUGGUACAGUCAAUUGCAGACUCUGGCUGUGCGCAUCGAGGCAUGCCUGAACUCGCGUCCUAUCACCCCGCUGUAUGACGACCCGCAGCAGAAGAUUGCAUUAACGCCGGGUGACUUUCUGAUAGGCGCUCCACUCCUGGCGGUGCCUGAGCCGGAUGUCCGCGACAUCCCAACCAACCGGUUAAAGCAGUGGCAAUGGGCACGGCAAGUCCACCAGGAGUUCUGGAAGCGGUGGAGUGAGGAGUACCUGACCACUCUGCAGAGGCGUAAUAAGUGUCAGAAGCGAUCACCAGAUAUCCGAGUCAACGAUAUUGUGUUAGUGAAGAACGAGAACUUGCCCCGCACUCAUUGGCGUAUGGGUCGCGUAAUGACCGUGCAUCCUGGGAACGACGGAAUCGUCCGCAACGUCACAUUGAAGACUACCAGUGGACAACUCAGCCGAGCUGUUCAGAAAUUGUGCCGCCUAUGCGAGCAGGAAGAUUUCGAGUCACCCGACUCGACCAGGCAGGGUGUUGUGGAUUGCGCUAGUUAA